AUGGACAAAUUCGCUUAUCUCAGCACGUUACGCCGCAACGCCAGAAUCGACGACGAGAUUGCUCACCAAAUCUCCAAAGCCAGUCAAGUCUUUGGCCGACUUCAAGUCUCCAUGUGGAACUGUCAUCAUCUCCAGUUGUCCACGAAGUUGAAGAUGUACAAGGCCGUCGUCCUCAUGAUACUUAUACGGGGCGAAGACUUGGACUAUCUACGCCAGCCAAACUCGGAAGCUGAAGUAAUUCCAUGUCAGCUGUCUCUGCCGAAUACUGAAGUUGAUAUGGCAGGACAGGGUUCCGAAUACGGAAGUCCUAGAGAAAACGGGAAUUCUCAGCAUCCACGCCAUGCUGCAGCAUGCAGCAGACGCCUGGUACGGAUGAACGACCAGCGACUACCCAAGAGACUGUUCUACGGUGAUGUCGCUGUGGGUGCUCGCCGCCAAGGAGGGCAAAAGAAGCACUAUACGGACAGAUGA